AGUUUCGCCAAUUAAUUUCUGACAAAAAAAAACAAACUACUUUGCGACAAUAUCUCAAAAAUGGCAUGAUUAACGGAAAAACCAAAGCUGUAUUUGUUAUGAACAAAAGUAAUAUUGAGAAUGGUAGUGAGAAAAAAUGUUCUU